UUUACUUUUAUUUAUUUAUUAUAUUUUAUUUCCCUCAUUAGCAACAAUCUCUCCUCCCAAACUCCAACAGAAUCACUUCCUUCAUCAGCAAUUGUAGAAACAACAAUAAUAACAAUUCUCUCUCAACAACACCCUCUUCUUCUUCUUCCUUUUCUUCUUUUCCCACUAUUCCAUUAUUCUUUCCAUAGAUGCUCCUCUUCUUAAGAGAGAAAAAAAAGGUAGAGGUCUCCAUUUUUGUUUAGGGUUUCGUUAGUUUUGUUUGAUAAAUCCCAAAAGGAUGGGAAGAGGGAGAGUUCAGCUGAAGAGAAUAGAGAACAAAAUCAGCCGCCAAGUCACUUUCUCAAAGCGUAGAGCUGGUUUACUCAAAAAGGCUCAUGAGAUCUCUGUUCUUUGUGAAGCUGAUGUUGCUUUGAUUGUUUUCUCCACCAAAGGAAAACUCUUUGAGUACUCUUCUGAUUCCAGCAUGGAGAAGAUCUUAGAGAAAUAUGAGAGAUAUUCUUAUGCAGAGAGACCGUUGGCCCCAAAUGGAGAUUCUGAAUUACAGACAAGUUGGUGUCAGGAGUAUCCAAAACUUACAGCCAGAUUGGAAAUUGUACAGAAAAACUUAAGGCAUUAUUUGGGAGAAGAUCUUGACCCUUUGAAUUUGAGAGAACUUCAAAGCUUAGAGCAACAACUUGACACAUCACUCAAGCGCAUAAGAUCUAGAAAGAACCAACUAAUGCAAGAAUCUAUUUCAAUAUUGCACAAAAAGGAAAAGGACUUGCAAGAGGAGAAUAGGCAGCUAGCGAAUAAGGUAAAGGAAAAUGAGAAGGCUUUGGUUGAACGUGGACAGUGCGAUGUUCCAAACUUGGUUCAUAAUAAUCAGCCAAUUUUUGGAAUGACACCACCAAUCCCUUCUUUAUCAUUUGGAGCGAACUUGAAUGGGAGAGGAUCAAGAGGAUCAGAUGAAGAUGAAACAAGGCCAACCAGCAUCAACAACAUCCAAAUACCAGCGUGGAUGCUUCGCCAUGUGACUGAAAAUUCUAAUAACUAAAAAGCAACCGCAUCGUGUCGUCUUCGCUGUUGCAGGGAGGCAGGCGCAAGUGGUUGCCACUGCCCAGCUCACUGGCACCAUAAUUGUCACAAAUAAAAAGGCCAUGGGGAUGGGGGCAGAAAAAAGAGAAGACAACUACAAACGUUUGGUUUUUGACGAUCAUGUGGGAAUAAUGCAAACACCCCAAACAUGCAUUCUAUAUGACAUCUCUUCUUUCACACCCAAAUUGGGUCACCCCAAUCCCAAAGCCUUUAUUGUAUUAUGUAGAUGAUAAUUUCUCAGAACUCCGAACCAACUAAUUUAAACUUUUGGAAGAAAAUUGAAAUGUGGAUACUUCCAUUUCUCUGUUUUUACUGUUUGAACUAGUGGCGGUGUAAGUUAAAUGUGUUUAAUUUAUUGCAUGCAUGCUUGUUUGUGUUGACUAA